CCUUCUUUAACUGAGGGGUACCAACAAUUUUGUCCACGUGUGUAGCUGGGUAGCACCACUCCCGUUUCGUAGCCCCAGACGCUUACUCCCUGACAACAGGUGCUACGCCCAUAAGCGGCUCAUGUCUCUGCGACGUACGCUUGACAAGAGACCAGACAUGAAGGCGCACUUUGUUGAGUUUAUGCAGAAGAUGCUUGACAACAAACAUGCAGAGUUGGCACCACCUUGCAAUGAAAACAAAGAGACCUGGUAUCUCCCCAUUUUCGGCGUAUACCACCCACAGAAGCCAGGGAAGAUCCGUGUGGUGUUUGAUUCCAGUGCGCAGUUUGAUGGAGUGUCUCUCAAUGACUGUCUAUUGUCAGGGCCUGAUCUAAAUAACACACUCAUAGGUGUCCUCCUUCGCUUUAGAAAAGAACCUGUUGCUAUCACAGCCGACAUCGAGCAGAUGUUUUACUGCUUUGUCGUCCAGGAAGAUCACAGGGAUUACCUUCGCUUCCUUUGGUACGAAGACAACGAUUUGGCCAAAGAUGUCGUGGACUAUCGCAUGCGGGUACAUGUCUUUGGUAAUAGUCCCUCACCAGCAGUGGCGAUCUAUGGGUUGAGGAUGGCAGCAAAGGAGGCAGAAGGUGAAUAUGGAACUGAUGCUCGAAACUUCAUAGAACAAGAUUUCUAUGUGGAUGAUGCGUUAAAGUCCUUCUCGACAGAAGCAGAGGCUGUUGACGUACUACAGAGAGCCCAGAAAAUGCUUGCUCUUUCUAAUCUACGUCUUCACAAGAUAGCCUCCAACAAAGUGGAAGUAGUGAAUGCUUUCCCACCUGAAGACAGGGCAAAAGAAAUCAAAGACCUUGAUCUGUCAACUGACAAGCCCCCAGUCCAGCGUAGUUUGGGUGUGAUUUGGGACACCACAUCAGACACUUUCACAUUUGAUGUUCCACAAGAGCAAAAGCCCUUUACACGACGUGGUGUGCUCUCAACUGUAAACAGCCUGUUCGAUCCUCUAGGGCUGCUUGCACCUGUAACUAUCAAAGGAAGACUUCUUCUCAGAGAGCUCUCCAGCAGCAAUCUUGAGUGGGACAGUCCGUUGCCUCAAGACAUGUACGACGAUUGGAGAAAAUGGCAUGACUCUCUGCAGCAUCUCAAAGCUCUGAGCAUUCCCCGUACGUAUGUUUCCUUCUCUAUCUCACAAGCCAACUUUAUCGAACUCUGUGUGUUCUCAGAUGCUUCAGUUAAAGCUAUAGCUGCAGUGGCUUACUUGAGAGUCACUCAUGAAGACAACCACAAUGAAGUCGGGUUUGUCAUGGGUAAGGCGAAACUAGCCCCCAUGCCAGAGCUCACCGUCCCGAGGUUAGAACUGUGUGCUGCAGUGCUAGCAGUGGAAAUGUCUGAGCUUCUCAGAGAGGAACUAAAGCUGAAAAUUGACAAGACCUCAUUUUACACUGACAGCAAAGUGGUGUUAGGAUACAUCCACAACCAACACCGACGAUUCCAUGUGUAUGUGAACAAUCGUGUCCAGAGAAUCAAGCAAUCGUCUCUGCCAGAUCAGUGGAAGUAUGUCCCGACAGAGCACAAUCCUGCUGAUCAUGGAUCUCGCUCACUGCCAGCAGAGAAGAUCUCCAGCACCACAUGGUGGUCUGGUCCAGCCAUUCUCUUUGACAAAACCACUGUCACUCCUGAAAAAGGCCCAUUCAAGCUCAUUGAUCCAGAGUCAGAUGUUGAAAUUCGACAGAAUGUAACAACUCUUGUGACUGGCACAAACCACAAAGCCUUGGGUUCAUCACGUUUUGAACGUUUCUCAAAGUGGACCUCAAUAGUCAGAGCAGUAACUUACCUAUGUCAUAUUGCUCACAGUUUCAAGUCCAGAGACAAACGAGAAUGUAAACGCUGGCAUCUUUGCAAAUCAAGCCUCACAGAAGAAGCUGUGACAAAAGCAGAGCACACAAUCAUCAAAUGUGUUCAACAUGAAGUGUACGCAGAAGAAAUUAAGUGCAUCAAGACAAAACAAGACAUACCACGAAACAGUUCACUUUACAAGCUCAAUCCGAUCAUUGACCAUGAAGAUCUACUUCGAGUAGGUGGACGUCUGUCAGAGUCAAAGCUACAGAGUCACGAAAUCCAUCCUCUGCUGAUCCCAGGAAAGCAUCACAUUGCUACACUGCUCAUUCGACAUCACCACAACGCUGUUAAGCAUCAAGGAAGACACUUCACUGAGGGAGCUGUGAGAGCAAGUGGCGUGUGGUUAGUGGGUGCCAAAAGAUCUAUCAGCAGUGUCAUCCACAAAUGUGUGAUCUGUAGAAAGCUACGAGGCAAGACAGAGCAACAAAUCAUGGCAGACCUGCCCGCCGAACGUUUACAAACCGAUUCCCCAUUUUCCUAUGUUGGCCUGGAUGUAUUCGGACCGUGGGAGGUUACAACACGACGCACUAAAGGUGGUCAAGCCAACAGCAAAAGAUGGGCAGUGAUAUUCACUUGUAUGUCUACAAGAGCCAUUCAUAUUGAAGUGAUUGAAACACUCAGCUCAUCAAGUUUCAUAAAUGCUCUUCGUAGAUUUUUUGCACUCAGAGGUCCUGCUAAACAGCUAAGAUCCGACUGCGGAACCAACUUUGUUGGUGCAUCGAAAGAGUUGAAGUUGGAUCCUCCAAAGCCCAAUGAGACAAGUGUGGAAGACUACUUAUGCGAACAGAGGUGCUCCUGGGUUUUCAACCCUCCUCACUCAUCCCACAUGGGAGGCACAUGGGAGCGUAUGAUCGGGAUAGCACGACGCAUACUGGACUCAAUGCUCUUGCAAUCAGGAAACCCCAAGUUAACCCAUGAGGUCCUCACAACACUGUUGGCUGAAGUCACGGCCAUUAUCAAUGCAAGGCCCUUGGUACCAGUCUCUUCUGAUCCUGAAGCUCCUUUAAUCUUGACUCCUAUGACGCUUCUCACACAAAAGACUAAUGCAAUCCCGAUUCCAUCAGGGGAUUUCAACAAAGCUGACAUGUUCAAACAUCAGUGGAAGAGAGUUCAAGUUCUUGCUGACACUUUUUGGGCCCGCUGGCGAAAAGAGUACCUGAACAUGCUCCAAAGUCGUCAGAAGUGGCAGCGCAACAGACCGAAUCUAAAAGAAGGUGACAUCAUUCUUCUCAAGGACAAACAACUAAAACGGAACGAAUGGCCAAUGGGAAUCAUUGUCAAGACUCUCCCGAGCAAAGAUGGAGUCGUAAGGAAGCUGGAGGUCAAGGUGUCAGGGGAGAAGACUUCAAAGACUUUUUCUAGACCUAUUUCGGACUGUAUACUUAUUUUAUCUACAGUUUAGUGUUUGUAGACACUAUUUAGUGGCAUUCUUAAAAUAAUGCCAGGCGGGGAGUGUGUUGUAUCAUUUUUACAUGUUGUUAAUCAUCCAGUCCACUAGAGGGCGUACAGUUCUGUAGCAGUGUUAGUUUCCGCCACUGGGUGGCAAGAGCAAGAGACCGCUUGCACAGUGUCAACAACAGCAGCAUGAGAUUGUGUCCUGCUCAAUCUGCAGCCGUCCACUCUUUUCCAGCCCUUUGAGUGGCAAUAUGUUUUCACACUUUUUUGCAUUAAAUCCUUGCCCAAAACGA